ACACAGGAAGUUGAAUCAUCAGCUGAUCCUGCUGGCUGUUGUUGAUGCCUGAAGUUGCUGUUGUUGGGGCACUGUGUUGCUCUUAUCUGCUCCUGACACUGAACGCAUAUUAAACCCGAGAAAGAGAUACGGUGGGCAUUAAGCAUUACUGCCUGAAGAGCUUCUAAGUGACAAGGGAAGCGUCUCGCAGCGAGGACUUUGAAUUUGCGCACUAGCUGCUGAAGAGCUAGCUUCAAAGCUUCAAGCUCCGGUGAGAGGAAGAAAGAGAGACAGUAGACCGCUCUACGUGCUUUGUUUACGUCGUGCCAGUCUGAGCUGCGAUAUUUUUUUUUCUUUGUCUUGAAUGUGGAUUUUGUUUCCUCACCUAGACUAUUUACAUGUAUACUUCAUUACCCGUACACUAGUGGCAGCUAGCUCAUCAGCUAACGUUAGCCCAUAGCGCAUAUAACCAGUGUUGUUGUCGAGCGCUGAUGCUUUCGUAACCGCCCGCCUCUGACAGAUAACGACAGCUAACAGUGUCAAUAUUCAGGCUCUGAGAAAGUGUUGUCGUGCCUCUAUUUUCCAGCUGUUUGUCCCUGGAUCAGGUGCUGUGUUGGAGACACAGGGCAGCACGGAAACCGGACAAGUUGAUGUUAAAUAAGAGCUCUUAGUAGAUCAUUGUGGUUAAUGAACACGCCCGUCUUAUCUGUUUGUUUAUUCCCGAGUGGAUUGCAUCGAUUUUAAAACCAAGCGAACAAGUAAUAGGUUAACUGACAGCUGGCCUUGUUCGUUUUAGGUUGCCUGACAGGUUGCGUAAUUUGUUUUCCUACAAGCUGUCAGUCUUUCCUGGGUAACUUGUUAAAUAGAUUAUAAUUUGUUUAACGUAUGCAUUUAUUACGAGGCUCUGUGGAUGUCAUUUUAAAUAUUAAACACACUUGUGACUUGUGAGAAAGGGACCACUCUUUACCAUAUUUGUAUUAGUUGUUUGAUGGUCACAUUUAGAACAAUUACUCAAUAGAGUUAUGAAUUAGAGUAGACAGAUCUUAAACUAUUGUGAGACUGUGUUGUGAUCAGGGAGAGACAGGCGAGGAAAAAAGGGUCCCUCAGAGGGUCUCAUUGUGUCUUGAGGUGAGGUGAGCUGCCCCCCACUACUUGUCAAUGCUGGAUCUUGAAGUGGUGCCUGAGAGAUCACUAGGAAAUGAGCAAUGGGAAUUCGCCUUAGGGAUGCCAUUGGCCCAGGCCAUCUCUAUCCUGCAGAAACACUGCCGCAUCAUCAAAAAUGUCCAGGUGCUAUACAGUGAACAGACGCCACUCAGCCAUGACCUCAUACUGAAUUUGACUCAGGAUGGGAUUAAACUGCUGUUUGAUGCCACAAAUCAGAGACUCAAGGUGAUUGAAGUGUACGACCUGAGCAAAGUCAAGCUGAAAUAUUGUGGAGUCCAUUUCAACUCUCAGGCCAUUGCCCCCACAAUAGAGCAAAUAGACCAGUCAUUUGGAGCUACACACCCUGGAGUUUACAAUGCUGCAGAGCAGUUGUUCCAUCUCAACUUUCGAGGCCUGUCCUUCUCCUUCCAACUGGACUCGUGGAAUGAAGCUCCAAAAUAUGAGCCUAACUUUGCCAUGGGUUUGGCCUCCCUGCAGAUUCCACACGGGGCCAUGGUCAAGAGGAUGCACAUUUACACUGGCAACAACCUGCAAGAAACAAGAGCUCCGGCAAUGCCGCUGGCUUGUUUCCUUGGCAACAUCUUUGCGGAGUGUGUGAAUGUCCUGAGAGACCGGGCAGGGGCCUUGGGGCUUAAACUCCGCCUUCUCACUGCAGGCUGUGGUCAAGGUGGGAUGGCGGAUUCUAAAGUGAGGUCGAUAGAAAGGCGCAUCUACUUUGGAGAUUCAUGUCAGGAUGUACUGGGUGCUCUGGGCUCGCCACAUAAAGUCUUCUUCAAGUCUGAGGACAAGAUGAAGAUCCACUCUCCGUCUCCUCACAAGCAGGUUCCUUCCAAAUGUAACGACUACUUCUUCAACUACUUCACCCUCGGAGUGGAUAUCCUGUUUGACUCUACAACUCACCUGGUUAAGAAGUUUGUCCUUCAUACCAACUUCCCCGGACAUUACAACUUCAAUAUCUAUCAUCGAUGUGACUUUAAGAUUCCUCUAGUGAUUAAGAAAGAAGGAGCUGAUUCCCAGAUGGAGGACUGCAUCUUAACCACCUACAACAAGUGGGACCAGAUCCAGGAACUGCUCGGGCACCCAAUGGAAAAACCUGUAGUGCUCCACAGGUCCUCAUCCGCUAAUAACACAAACCCCUUCGGCUCUACAUUCUGCUUCGGACUGCAGAGGAUGAUCUUUGAGGUGAUGCAGAAUAACCACAUAGCAUCAGUGACCCUCUACGGAGCUCCACGGACUGCUACUAAAGCUCGACCUGAGACCAGUAGUAGUUCCCACUGAACAAGAAACCAGAACCACAUCCCAUUUUGGCCUGUCCUAAAAUCUCUUACCUCUGCUGAAUGAACCUCUAACCCAGAGCCAGAUUCUUAACCAAGCAGACCCAACCCAGAGCAACAAAGCAUUUCAUACCCAGCUCAGAUGCUACUCAUGAACAGAAAAUCAACCAGAACCUAGAACGUCUAAAAUCCUGGAGGGUCCUACUUUCUCUUCCAAUCAGACACAUCCAGUCGGCACGGUCUACUCAACCCAGACUAUCUAGGAUCUAGCUGCAUGGUCACAGUGCUGGACCACUGAUGCAUUGAAAUGAAACUGAUGAAAAUAGGUUUUGGUUUGAAUAUCGCUGCGGUGCUACAAAUUGGUGAAGGAAUCUGUAGAUCUCAAGUAGAGCUCUCCUGUUUCCAUCCAGCGACUGAGUUUGCCCAGAACCGCAGAAGAAGAGUUUAUCCCGACUGAAGAUUGGAUGGCAUGCAAAGGGCAGCCUGUGUAUGACAUAACCUCCAUAACAUUGUGGCGAGAUGACCUGCAUUCAAUUAUCAUCUGCAACAAAUCUCUAUGGAAACUGCUCUGGCCAAAGUCUUGAAAUAAACUUGUGCUUGACCCACUGAACAAACAUCAACACUGCCAGCUUCAACGAGUACCGCCUGUCUUCCUACCGAGACUUCACAACCAGGCUUGGCCGGCUCCAUCACCACCCUCAACGCAUCUAAAACCAUUUGCAUCAGAAGCUGCAGAUCACUAACCAAAUAAACAGGAAACAAACGACCAUGAAAUGAGAGGAAGGGGAGAACCAAACACACUCAGGGGUGUGGAGAGACAUGUGGCCCAGAACACGCCCACAACAGAUGUGAAGCCUCUAGAAGCAGAACCAUCCAAACAUCAGCGUCAUCGUUUCCCUCGUCCAAUGUCCUACGUACUGUUCCUCUAGCUGUCUUCAGUGGUGCCCACACACACACACACACACACACACACACACACACACACACACACACACACACACACACACCACAUCACACACACACACACACACACACACACACACAUGUAGUCUUGUCUGUCUCCUUGCUCCAACACUCACAUGAAUGGGCAUCUGCAUGUGUAACGCUGUUGUUUAUUUCAAAUUGACAUUUCAACGCACAGCAUUUCAGUCCCUUCACCACUAUGCGUGUGUAUUUCUAACACAUAAGAGCUGGUUUAUCUUUGUUAGCCUUUUGAGCACAAACACGGAGACAUGCAGGCAUGGCACGAGAUUUUGCAUGAACUUACUUUUGAAUGAGAGGACGUAUUAUAAGCACAACUGGCAACCUGUUUGUUGAGUUUGUAUGAUCCUGCACGUUGUUAGGGGUAUAAAAUAUAUAAAUAUAUUGCCCCGCUUCAAUUAUUCACACCACAACCAUUUUCUUUUUUAACACACCGUAUUACUUGAUUGGUUGAUUUGGCCAUUUCCUCAGAGACUGUUGGUGGUGACAUUAGGAGAGGUGUGUGUGUGUGUGUGUGUGUGUGUGUGUGUGUGUGUGUGUGUGUGUGUGUGUGUGUGUGUGUGUGUGUGUGUGUGUGUGUGUGUGUGUGUGUGUGUGUGUG